AUGGAAGACGAAGAUGAUGAUGAAGUCUAUUCUUAUGGAGGAAAAGGUGAUAAAGGCAACAAACAAAAAACGAAAACGAAAAAGAAAAAACCCACCCAGACUCAGAAAUUGGUCCCAUCAGAUGACAAUUUUCCAACAGAUCUCGAAGAAGGCACUACACAAACUGAUUUGGAUUGGUUAACCAAAAAGAAAGGUUCUUUAAGAAACGUGACCGAUCAAGGAAAUAGACGUACAUGUUGGACGAUUGCUUCAUCGAGAGGCUUGUCUGCAAGUCUCGUAAUUGCAGACAGAUUUGAUCCUCAUGAAGUCAAUUUAUCAGCUCUCCAUAUGCUAGUAGGUCUGAUUGACAAAGUAGAUUCCACCGGUGGACUACAAAAUCUUGAGCAUCUGAGGAGUUUUAUGGUCAAUUGGGGUGCCAUUUUAGAGGAAGACUGUGACUGCCCUCAAUUAGCCUUGGAAGCCAAAAAUGAUUCCUCUAAACCCAACCCGGUUCUAUGUACCGACAAAGGGAAGAAAGCCAAGCAAACUCGCACGUUUAAGGUUGAAGAUCUCAUCAUUCAAAAGGAGGUAGAUGAAAGAGAACUCAUGCGCUUGGUCAAUUUGGGACCUGUGGCAGUUACCAUAGAUGUCCACACAGCCUUUAGUACCUUCAAAGGGGAUGGUAUCUACACUGGACCUACAAAUAAGUGUCGCAAAAUAGACAGGCACAUGUUGUUAGUGUAUGGAUAUGCAACUGACAAGUUGACAGGAAUCCAUUACUGGAGAGUACAGAAUUCAGCAGGACUUACUUGGGGGAACAAUGGCUAUGGAAAAAUCGUUAGACAAAUCAGCCGUGGUUCAAAUGCAAAUAACUCUUUGUUUACUUGCAUUAUUUAUCCUAAGGUACGAUCUUCAAUUGAAUAA